AUGUUCAGAAACAACUACGAUAACGACUCGGUCACAUUUUCACCGCAAGGGCGGAUAUUCCAGGUCGAGUAUGCGGCGGAGGCAGUCAAGCAGGGCUCAGUGGUGGUGGGUAUCGCAAGCAAGACACACGUCGUGCUGGUAGCAAUCAAGCGCAACGCCGAAGAACUCUCAUCCUACCAAAAGAAGCUGUUCCCCAUCGACGAGCAUGUCGGCAUCGCCAUCGCAGGCCUCACCUCGGACGCGCGGGUCCUAUCCAACUUCAUGAAGCAGCAGUGCCUUGGCCACCGGCUGACGUUUGGGCGCAGCAUGCCCGUGCGGACGCUGGUGGAGAUCAUCGGCUCCAAGGCGCAGAUCAACACGCAGCACUACGGCAAGCGGCCGUAUGGCGUGGGCUUGCUGGUCGCGGGCGUCGACGACCACGGCCCGCACCUGUUUGAGUUCCAGCCGAGCGGCAUGACCGAGGAGAUGGUGGCCUUCGCGAUCGGCGCCCGCUCCCAGAUGGCGCGCACCUACCUCGAGAAGAACAUUGACAAGUUCGCCGACUGCGACCGCGAGGAGCUGAUCCGCCACGGCCUGCGCGCCCUCAAGGAGAGCUUGGUGCAGGACCGCGAGCUGACGAUCGACAACACGAGCGUGGGUGUUUCGGGCGUGGUCAAGGCGGAGGACGGCAGCAGCAAGGUGGAGCCCUUCCAAGUGUACGACCAACAGGACGUGGCAGCGUGGAUAGAGAGCGUGGCGGAUGACAAGGAGGGCGGUGCGGGUACGGGCGAGACCGAGGCGGAGGGCAUGGAGGUCGACUCAUAA